UGGAGCUGAGGGAGGCCGAGGCGAGUUGGCGCCAGCGCGCCUGCGCCCGUACGGUGGCCGGAAGAGACCAGAGGUGGUUCUGCCGGUGCCAGUAGGGAGCCCCACCCUUUCCCCACGUGGCUGUGAAAACCGGUUUGAGAGUGUCUGUCAGGCGGGCACCUGCCGCCCCAUGAGCAGGAGAUGAAGAUGUCCGCCAAGCGCAUCACCCAGGAGACCUUCGAUGCAGCCGUUCGUGAAAACAUUGAAGAGUUCGAAAUGGAGCCAGAGGAGGCAGUAAAAGAGGCCGUGGAACAAUUCGAAUCACAAGGGGUUGAUCUGAGCAACAUUAUAAAGAUGGCACCCAAAGUCUCUGCAGAUGGACCCCAGGAACCUACACACGACAUCCUGCAGGCCCUGGAUGACUUGCAGGAGUCCGUGGCCUGCUCUCACCCCCAGGAAGUAUCCACACACCUCACCCGCUUUUUGGAGCAGUGCAAGCAGCACAAGGCGAGCCGCUUCCUGGCAGCCCAGAAGGGGGCCUACCCCAUCCUUCUCGCCGCCUGGAAGCUUGCUGUAGCAAGCGACCAGGACCUCCUGCUCCAGGCCCUCAACGCCCUGUCAGCCCUGACCGAUGGCCAGCCUGAUCUCCUAGACACCCAGGGCCUGCAGCUGCUGGUGGUCACACUGGCCCAGAAUGCCGACGCGGCUGAUCUGACAUGUUCUGGCAUCCGCUGUGUGUGCCAUGCCAGCCUGAAGCACGAGCAGAAUCGGCAGAGCCUGGUGAAGGCUGGUGUGCUGCCUCUGCUGACAGGUGCCAUUACCCGGCAUGGUCACUGUGCCGACGUGGUCAGGGAGGCCUGCUGGGCCCUCCGAGUCAUGACCUUCGAUGAUGACAUCCGUGUGCCCUUUGGCCAUGCCCACGACCAUGCCAAGAUGAUUGUGCAGGAGAAUGGAGGCUUGAAGGUACUCAUUGAGGCCGCCAAAGCAUUCUCUGACAACCCCAGUGUCCUGAGUGAGCUCUGCAGCACCCUAUCCCGCCUGACCGUCCGCAAUGAAUUCUGCCAGGAGGUCGUCGACCUUGGGGGCCUCAGUGUCCUGGUGGCCCUACUGGCCAACUGUAGUGACCACCAGGACGUUGUAAAGCAAGUGUUGAGUGCCCUGCGGGCCAUCGCAGGCAAUGAUGAUGUGAAGGACGCGAUUGUCCGAGCUGGCGGGACAGAGUCCAUUGUGGCCACCAUGACCCAGCACUUGGCCAGUCCCCAGGUAUGCGAGCAGAGCUGUGCGGCCUUGUGCGUCCUGGCCCUGCGGAAGCCAGAGAACAGCCGGGUCAUCAUGGAGGGCGGCGGCGCCCGGGUAGCACUGCGGGCCAUGAAGGCGCACCCUGCGGAGGCUGGAGUGCAGAAACAGGCCUGCAUGCUGAUCCGUAACCUGGUAGCCCGCAGCCAGGCCUUCUCACAGCCCAUCCUGGACCUGGGGGCCGAAGCACUCAUCCUGCAGGCCCGUGCUGCCCACCGUGACUGCGAGGACGUGGCCAAGGCUGCCCUUCGGGACCUUGGCUGCCGUGUUGAGCUGCGAGAGCUGUGGACUGGCCAGAAGGGCAACCUGGCGCCGUGACCUCAGGCUCAGUCUGGGCCAUGGCUCUGGGUGUCUUGCUCUGUUGGACAGAGAGCAGGGACCAAGCUCUUCUGCCUCCAGGGGUCCCAGGCCAGCCAGUACUGCCCAGUAAUAAAAGACUCUGUUAGUUAACAA